AUGGACAUGGACGUCGACAUGGACGUGGACGUGGACGUGGACAUGGACGUGGACGUACACGUGGACAUGCUCCUGCACGUGGACAUGGACGUGGACGUGGACGUGGACAUGGACGUGGACGUGGACGUGGACGUGGACGUGGACAUGGACGUGGACGUGGACGUGGACAUGGACGUGGACGUGGACGUGGACAUGGACGUGGACGUGGAAAUGGACGUGGACGUGGACGUGGACGUGGACGUGGACGUGGACGUGGACGUGGACGUGGACGUGGACGUGGACGUGGACGUAGAAAUGGACGUGGACGUGGACGUGGACAUGGACGUGGACGUGGACAUGGACGUGGACGUAGAAAUGGACGUGGACGUGGACGUGGACGUGGACGUGGACAUGGACGUGGACGUGGACGUGGACAUGGACGUGGACAUGGACGUGGACAUGGACGUGGACGUGGACAUGGACGUGGACGUGGACGGACGUGGACGUGGACGUGGACGUGGAAAUGGACGUGGACGUGGACGUAGAAAUGGACGUAGACGUGGACGUGGACGUGGACAUGGACGUGGACGUGGACAUGGACGUGGAGGUAGACGUGGACGUGGACGUGGACGUGGAUGUGGACGUGACGUGGACGUGGACGUGGUGGACAUGGACGUGGACAUGGACGUGGACAUGGACGUGGACGUGGACAUGGACGUGGACGUGGACAUGGACGUGGACGUGGACGUGGACGUGGACGUGGACAUGGACGUGGACGUGGACGUGGACGUGGACGUGGACAUGGACGUGGACGUGGACGUGGACGUGGACGUUGAAUGGACAAAUGAACGGGACGUGGACGUGGACGUGGACAUGGAAAUGGACGUGGACAUGGACGUGGACGUGAACGUGGACGUGGACGUGGACGUGGAGAUGGACGUGGACGUGGACGUGGACAUGGACGUGGACGUGGACGUGGACGUGGACGUGGACAUGGACGUGGACAUGGACGUGGACGUGGACGUGGACGUGGACGUGGACGUAGAAAUGAACGUGACGUGGACGUGGACGUGGACGUGGACGUAG